CAAAUAUAUAGUUGCAACAAUCUUAUACCAAAAAAAAAAACAAUUUCUGAAUUAUUAUCUUCUAUAUAGAUCAGCUUUCAUGGAAGAUGGCUCGUCCUGUAAGAGAAACAAACCGCCUUCAUGGGGAAAACUCGUAACAAUCCUCAGCCUCGACGGCGGCGGGGUCCGAGGAAUCAUCGCCGGAGUCAUCCUUGCUUAUCUAGAAAAACAACUUCAGGAGAUCGACGGAGAAGACGUGAGACUAGCUGAUUAUUUCGACGUGGUAUCAGGGACUAGUACCGGUGGUCUCAUGACUGCCAUGUUGACUGUACCGGGCGAGAAUGGACGGCCUCAAUUAGGGGCCAAGGACAUUGUUCCCUUUUACCUUGAACAUUGUCCCAAAAUAUUUCCACAGCCCGAAGGCUUGGCUGCUCUGUUACCUAAGCUUCCAAAGCUUCUGUCUGGUCCAAAGUACAGCGGAAAGUAUCUACGUAAGCUACUAAGUAAGCUUCUUGGAGAGACAAAACUUCGCCAGACAGUCACAAACGUUGUCAUCCCUACCUUCGACAUGAAGAAACUCCAACCCACCAUCUUCUCCUCUUACCAGGCAUUGGUUGACCCUAGCUUGGAUGUCAAGAUAUCAGACGUAUGUCUUGGCACAUCGGCUGCUCCCACUUUCUUUCCUCCUCAUUACUUUUCUAAUGAAGAUAGUCAAGGCAAGACGUCUGAGUUUCACCUCGUUGAUGGCGCGGUCACGGCUAAUAACCCGACUUUGGUGGCCAUGACUGCUGUGACUAAGCAGAUUCUGAAGAACAAUCCUGAUAUGGGUAAGCUCAAGCCAUUAGGUUACGAUAAGUUCCUAGUUAUAUCGAUAGGGACAGGAACUUCAAAAAAAGAGAUGAAGUAUAGCGCCAAAAAGGCUGCAAAAUGGGGAAUCAUAUCUUGGUUAUAUAACGAUGGAUCUACUCCAAUAUUAGACAUGGUCUCGGAUUCAGGCCGUGACAUGAUCCAUUUCCAUAGCUCAGUUUUGUUCAAAGCCCUCCAAUCUGAGGAUAAGUACCUCAGAAUCGACGAUGAUACACUGGAAGGAGAUGUAAGUUCGAUGGAUCUAGCGACAAAAUCUAACUUGGAGAAUCUUGUGAAGAUUGGAGAGAAGGUGCUGAAAAAUAGAGUCAUGCAUAUGAAUAUCGACACUGGUGUCUAUGAACCCAUUACUGAAAAUAUCACCAAUGAGGAAGAACUCAAAAGAUUUGCGAAAAUUCUAUCUGAUGAAAGAAGAUUAAGGAGAAUGAGAAGCCAAACAAUGGUUCAAGAUCCAUCAAACUGAUCUUAAUGAAUAAUAUGUGGAAGACAGAGAUAUAUGAAAAUGAUCUUUGUGUGUGUGUGAUACUCGGCUAUCUUUUGUGUGUGAUUACUCGGCCAUCUUUUGUGUGAUUACUCGGCCAUCUCUCUUGACAAAGAUCUAUGAAUAACGUGACUUUUUUUAAUUGAACAUUUUUUUGUACUUUUCUUCCAGCAAGUUGAA